UAAGGCCGGCUGCUGUGGCCCGGCGGCUGCGGCCGCCGCAGCUCAGAACCCGCUCAGUCGCUGGACCGUUCACAGGUUCAGUCUCUGGCUUGGAGGGACCCCGGCGCGCACGCGCAGACGUCUGCGGCGCCCCGCCUCCGCCGAGUCCCACGACCCCGGGCCUCGCGCCGCGGGCUGUGGAAAGCGGCAUGCGGGACUACGACGAGGUGACCGCCUUCCUGGGCCAGUGGGGACCCUUUCAGCGCCUCAUCUUCUUCCUCCUCAGCGCCAGCAUCAUCCCCAAUGGCUUCAACGGCAUGUCGAUCGUGUUCCUGGCGGCCACCCCGGAGCACCACUGCCGGGUCCCCGACUCCGCCAACCUGAGCAGCGCGUGGCGCAACCACAGCGCCCCGCGGAGCCUGCAGGACGGCCGCGAGGUGCCGCACAGCUGCCGCCGCUACCGCCUCGCGGCCAUCAGCAACUUCUCUGCGCUCGGGCUGGAGCCGGGGCGCGACGUAGACCUGCAGCAGCUGGAGCAGGAGGACUGCCUGGACGGCUGGGAGUUCAGCCGGGACAUCUACCUGUCCACCAUCGUCACCGAGUGGAACCUGGUAUGUGAGGAUGACUGGAAGGCCCCGUUCACGAUCUCCUUGUUUUUCGGGGGUGUGCUGGUGGGCUCCUUCAUAUCAGGGCAGCUCUCAGACAGGUUUGGUCGGAAGAAUGUGCUGUUUGUGACCAUGGGCAUGCAGACAGGCUUCAGCUUCCUGCAGGUCUUCUCAAAGAACUUUGAGAUGUUUACUGUGCUGUUUUUCCUUGUGGGCAUGGGACAGAUCUCCAACUAUGUGGCAGCAUUUGUCCUGGGAACAGAAAUUCUUGGCAAGUCAAUCCGCAUUAUAUUCUCCACGUUAGGAGUGUGCAUAUUUUAUGCCAUUGGCUACAUGAUGCUGCCACUGUUUGCUUACUUCAUCAGAGACUGGCGGAUGUUGCUGUUGGCCCUGACGGUGCCAGGGGUGUUAUGUGCGGCAUUGUGGUGGUUCAUCCCUGAAUCCCCCCGAUGGCUCAUCUCUCAGGGACGGUUUAAAGAGGCAGAAGUGAUCAUCCGCAAGGCUGCCAAGAUCAAUGGGAUUAUUGCACCCUCGACUAUCUUUGACCCAAGUGAGCUACAAGACCUAAGUUCCAACAAGCCGCAGUCCCACAGCAUUCUGGAUCUGCUCCGAACCCGGAAUAUUCGAACAGUUACCAUCAUGUCCAUAAUUCUGUGGAUGACCAUAUCAGUUGGCUAUUUCGGGCUUUCCCUUGAUACUCCUAACUUACAUGGGGACGUCUAUGUGAACUCCCUCCUCUCGGCAGUGGUGGAAGUCCCAGCCUACGUGGUGGCUUGGCUGCUGCUGCGGCAUCUGCCUCGGCGUUACUCCAUGGCCACCGCCCUCUUCCUGGGCGGCAGCGUUCUUCUCUUUGUACAGCUGGUACCCUCAGACUUAUAUUAUUUGGCCACAGUUCUGGUGAUGGUGGGCAAAUUUGGAGUCACUGCUGCCUUUUCCAUGGUCUACGUGUACACAGCUGAGCUGUACCCCACAGUGGUGAGAAACAUGGGUGUUGGAGUCAGCUCCACAGCCUCCCGCCUGGGCAGCAUUGUGUCACCCUACUUCAUUUACCUUGGUGCCUAUGACCGCUUCCUGCCCUACAUUCUCAUGGGAAGUCUGACCAUCCUAACAGCCAUCCUCACCUUGUUUCUCCCAGAAAGCUUUGGCACCCCCCUUCCAGACACCAUCGACCAAAUGCUCAGGGUCAAAGGAAUAAAAUACAGGCAAACUGCAAGCCACACCAAAAUGUUAAAAGAUGGUGAAGAAAGUCCCACAAUCCUCAAAAGCACAUCAUUCUAACACAACCUCCAGUAAGCAAGAAAAUGACAGGCAAAGGCUGAAUCUUGCCAGAAACAGCUUGUGCAGACACAGUCCUGCAGUGGUGAAGGUCUUUGCUAUUCAUUCUGUCCACCUUGGAUCUGACUUGUUGGUGAAUGGACACCCAGACUUAGAGACUGUGUAUGGUCCCAAAGCACUAUUUUCCCUCUAGGGAUAAUAUACUACCAAGAGACAACUUCAGAUUAAGUCCUUACCAUUAUGGUGGUGAACCUGACACUUCCUAGGAAGCUGAUUAUUCACAAGAACCAAUAGGAUUUGGAAAAACAUGAUAAGCACCUGCUAAAUUUCAUUUUAUUUUCAGACACAAAAUUAAUUGCUUGAGAAGGGAAGGCCCUUGAUCAAAUUGGUAAUCUAAUUUCUCCCCACCAUCCCCUUCCAACCUUGCUCUUCCACCCCACCCCUCGAAUGUUGCACUUUAGAGGAAAAGUAAUAAUUUCACAGGGAGAUUGAUUUCUCAUGUUUUCCCUGAAAAUAAACUAAAAAUAAGUGGGAUUGUUACUUUCCCAGGACAGAAAGCCACAGAUUUGGGGGAAACCAAAGAGCAAUCAAUCCAGAGGGACCUGAGCAAUUACAGAAGAUGGGCAAAUGCUCUUAGGUAUUCAGUGUGACGACUGAGUAGACUUGUUUACAUCUGAUAAAGUCAUUGGGCUAGUCUAAACCCAUAAUAGAUGCAUCACUGAAUCCACUGUUCUUGGUUUCACUGCUACAGAAAUUACACCUGCUUGCUACUACAGCUUCUUAGGUAUGGUUUGGAGGAAGUGAGAGAAACAAAAAAAUUAGUCUCUUCUCUCAAAACAACAAUGUAGAUUUUGUGUUUUGUUUGUUGUUUGUUGUUAUGUCUUUUUCUCCUUAAGUUAUUUGCCCUUCAGAAUAGAGUUGGGAAAGGCUGGUUCCUUAGUCUCCUGGUUUGCAUUUUUUUUUUUUUUAAAGUGGAAUCACUCCAGCAAUGGUGGUGGUCUGCAUUUGCACUGGAUAAGGUCUUACUAGCCUUAGCUGCUAGUACUUCUCUGAGUGCCAAAAAUGAAGUUGUUGUGUUUAUUCCUUUUGUAAAACCUAAUCAUGGGGAAGGGAGUUACAAAGGAGAAACUUUUAAAUUGUGCUUGCAGUCUUUCAGAGUUGCUCACUGUAGUCAUGUCACAUUGAGGAUAUUUUUGUUCAGUAUAAUUGUCUUCCUUUUUUUGAUCAUGUUACCAUGGUACUUCUAAAGCUUGUAUUUCACCUGGCUGAAAAAUAAAAUCAUAUUUCUGUGAAAGAUACUGAAGUGCCUUGGAAAAUAAAAAUGUUUUAGUAAAUAAAAUGAUUUUUUUAAUAA